AUGGCAAUGGCAAACAACAAGACACAAUGUUUUGCAUGCAGGAAAGAAAAAAUAACAUAUCCUUGUGAAGGAUGUUCACAAAGAUUUUGUUUUGUGGAUUUAGCAGAACAUAAACAAAUAUUAACCGUUGAAUUAAAUCGUAUUAUUAAUAAUUAUGAUCAAUUUAAACAAGCAAUUAAUGAACAAAAACAAAAUCCACAAAAUCAUUCAUUAAUAAAACAAAUUGAUCAGUGGGAAAAAGAUUCAAUUGAAAAGAUUCAACAAAAAGCACAAGAUUGUAGAGAAAUUGUCAUUAAAUCUUUACAAACAUUUAUUGAUGAUAUUGGGACGAAAUUUAAUAAUUUAAGUGAACAAAUAAAACAUAUCCAUAAAGAAAAUGAAUUUAAUGAAAUUAAUUUAAAUUAUUUAAGAAAUCAGUUAAAAAAAAUUACAGAAGAAUUAAAUGAUCCAACAAAUAUUUCUAUUCCACAAAAUUCGUCAUCAUU